GCGUGGUGACGCUGUGGCUGCGGUCCACCGCCAAAUUCAAACAGCGGUUGGUGAAAAGAAGCAACAGCAACAGGCAGCUGAAAAAGAGAAGAUACUCGAUUCACACACAAUUGAUACUUUUAAGGUCAGUUCAGUCAGCAUGGCGUCUUCAGUGAUGGAUGGAGUUGGUAAAGCUGUGGUGGGAGUCUGGCGGGCACAUACGGUCCUGGAUGAGUCUGAUGAAGCAGAGAGCUCCCCAGAAGCCCCCGAUCGUUUCCGCAAGCUUCGCUCCUCGUCAUCACUCAACUCUCUGCGAAUGUCUUUGCGGAAGCGUCUCCCUCUCCGUUCCGUCCAGGCCAACUCCCUUCCUGAAAAUCCGACUUGGGAGACCGUGAAGGAGCAACCAAAACCAAGUGCAGUCCGCAAACUUACCCGCAAUGCUCGGAACUCCAUCACUGGAGUGUAUCAGAGGUUGCAGAGAACCAGAGAGUUUUCGCGUGAGGAGUGUUUGGUUGCGACCCCAGGUCGGACGUGUGACGGGGAAGAAGCUGGUGCAUCAACUUCUCGCACACCGAGAUGCACGCCUGGCCGAAAUGCAACACCUAGACGCACCCCCAAAGCAGCUGCCACACCCAGGCGUACCCCAGGCUCUAGAGGGAGAAGGACUCCUGAGGCUGGUGUUCGCGGAGUGAAAACAGGAGGUGGCAGGAGGCAGCUGGUCCGCAUGGCUGCAUUACGAAGUCCCUUUGCGUCCCCCAACACACAGAACCAGAGGCUGAAGUUUGACCAAGAUCUGGAGUCAGUUUCAAGUGGACUCAAGAGGCUCAAACAUCUGUCCAGGGCCUUGGAUGGCAUCAUAGGCAGAGACAACAGAACCGGUACAAGGGAACAUUUGGGAGGAGCGAUGAUGAGAAAGCUGGACCCCAGCGGUAAACUCAGCUGCUCAAACCUGUCACGUCGAGCCGCGCACGUCUCAGACACACUGGGAGGUUGGGCCCACACAGCUGUAAACACUAUCCGCAAACCCAACUGAGCUACAUGCAUGCGUGUGUGUGUGUGUAAAACAAAGGACCUUUGCAGCCAUGUUUCAUAUUUAGCAUUACUGAGGUGUCACUGUUACAUUUAGUAUUGUCAUGAUACCAAGAGACUGUUACAUGGCAACUCGUCUUGUGUAUUAUGCAGCGUCCAAGUAAAUUUUUUGUUUGUUUACACAUCUCAGGUUAGCUAGUUGUGGGUAAAAUAUCCUCAUUGUAGCCACCAAAGGGAUAUUUCUAUUGUGAUGUAUGUACCUAUUAUAGCUGCUACAACCAAAUGUCUUAGUUACAUUUUCAAAAUACUAAUAUUGUAGUUUGUAUUCUCACUUUCUGUAUAGAAACUUAAUCUAGUUUCUAAAAUUAACUUUGAAGUAAAUGCUGCACAAGACCAAAAGUGUAUCUGCAGAACUAACACUAAAUUUACAGACAAAGGGAGAUGCACCCCCCUCUACUUUAUAUGUAUGCAAUAAUGUUACUAACAUUUGUUACCUUUUUUAAAAAAAUAUCAUUUGAUUAUGCCAAAUUAUAAAGUGUAUUUUCUAUGAAAGGGGACUUUUUAUAUACAGUAGCUUAGGCAGUUUUUGAAUGGGUUAUUAGAAUGUAUUUCUUCAUAUCUUUCCUUGAGACAGAGGUGGGCACUUGUAAUGGCCUGUGGAUGAUUCAUGCAUCUAUACUGUACAUAUAAAUCAUUUGAUAAUGUGAUGGGGAAGAUGUAAUGGCUCAUUACCUGAUGACGACGUCGAUGAUGACGUUAUAAAGCCAUAUCAAGCAGGUUAUUAGUGUAGUGACUGUCUAGCAAACAGCGUCAAAUGAAGCGAAACACUCUCCUCUCUGCCAUUGCCAUGUAUUUGUAACCUCUUUUUUUCUGCAGUAAUGAGAAGAAGGGAGAUAUUGUGUCUAAAUGUGAAAAAUAGUAAUCCAUACAAUAAAACCUAUAAGCUUCAACAAC